AAUUAUCUGAGAUGUUUCAAUUGCAGCUUCACUACUAUGUUUGUACAAAUGUCUCCUAUUUUGCCCAUUGAUUCCCACACAGAUUAUUGUGCAAGCAAGUUUGCUGCCGUGGGUUUUGCCGAGUCUGUGGCCCUUGAGAUGAUAGCUGCGGGGAAGGAAGGAAUCAAAACCACAAUCGUCUGCCCAUACUUCAUCAACACAGGCAUGUUUGGUGGCUGUGGGACAAAGUGGCCCCGACUAAUGCCCAUAUUGGAGCCAGACUAUGUUGCUAAGAGGAUUGUCAGUGCCAUUCUAACAGACCAAGUUUAUGUUUUACUUCCAAGGUCCUUAUACUUUUUAAUGGCUUUAAAAGGGGCCCAUGACAUGCGGAAAAUGAUGUCCCUGAAUUAAGAAAUGUAUCACUUUUUAUCAUUGCUUUGUAUUAAUUAAAACGUGUUUAAAUAAUAAUGAAACAUUUUUUUAAAAUAAUUAUAAUACUGUUAAUAAUACGGUUUAGCAUACAGAGUUUGGGUGUAUGGGAGAUUGGGGUAAUCUGUAAAAUGUAAAUGUAAAAUAAAACUUAAGAAUUUUCUCAUUAACCCUCUGGGGCCUGAGGCUGUUUUGGGGGCCUAGAGAAGUUUUGACAUGAACUGAUAUUUGUGUCUUUUUCAGUUGCUUACAAACACAUACAUGGCUAAAGUGUAAUAACACUGUAAUCAGCACAAACUGGGCUACAAUAAUAUGUGAGCAGCAUGUAUGUACAUGAUUGUGAUUUUGAGAAAGAGACGUUUAUGCAUGGUUAGUGAAAAACUAAA